GUAGGACACGAGUGAGGAAGAGGGAACAGGAAAUGUUGGGAUUUCCUCUGGAUGUGAGGUGUUUUUCCUCUGUGUGGGAUCAACUCCUGCACAGAAGCUGCCGAAGCUCAGCGAGCAAACAUCUCCUCUCUUCAAAACCUCUUUUUCCACUUCCUUUUCUGAGGUACACCUCCAAGAUUUCCUGACUUUUUUUUUUUUUUGCCAAUCUUUAGUCGUUGAUGCUCCCCAAUCCCGGCCGGUGAUGUGAUAAUUGUCACUCGGAAAACUUGGACCGUAUUCAGCGUUCCCCACUGGUUAGGCCUCGCUUGAGGCUCUUACGGCAUGUUGCGUUGUGUUGUCCAGCGGGCCAACAACUUGCGGCACUCUGACCCCUUGGCCAGCGUCAACUUUAGAGGCUCAAAGAAGAAGACCAAGGUCAUCAAGAACAACCCCAAUCCUGUUUGGAACGAGGGGUUCGAAUGGGACCUGAAGGGGGUCCCUUUGGACUCAGGGGCCGAGCUGCACUGUGUGGUCAAGGACCAUGAGAAGAUGGGGAGGAACAGGUUCCUUGGGGAAUGUCGACUCUCUGUCAGAGAUGUGCUGAGCUCUCCCAACAUGGCCGCCUCCUUCACCAUCUCUCUACUGGACACCAAGAGGAACAAUACGGGGGCCACACUCACCUUGCAGGUGUCCUACACCCCUCCUCCGGGGUCGGCUCCUUUCUUCCAAUCUGUGUCCCUGCCUGAGGUCCCCCCGCACAGCAACCCCAACGUGGAGCUGGACACGGUCACAAUGAUCUCCCUGGACACUCUGGGUGAGGAGGACACGGAGAGCAUGAUCAUGUUGGAGGUCCCUGAGGACCAGGUCGCGGAUGACGGACGAUCCAUGGUGGUGGUUGGCCCCCAGGGGCCUCAGGGGAAGGAGUCACCCGCCGCCCAGACCCCCAAACGCUCGCCGCCUUCUUACAACACCCACGGGGGGCUGAAGAAGAGGAGGAGGGGCACCAGCGGUCAGGCCAAACCUCUCUCCAACAAGCCUCAGGACAUUCAGGUCCGCGUGCGGGUCAUCGCAGCUCGACAGCUGCCUGGCGUCAACGUCAACCCCGUCGUCAAGGUGACGGUGGCUGGACAGAGCAGGAGGACACGCAUCCGUAAAGGCAACAACCCGACCUUUGAUGAGACUUUCUUCCUGAACUUCUUUGAGACGCCAUCUGACUUGUUUGACGACGCCAUCUUCAUCACGGUGUGCGACUCGCGCUCCCUCAGGACGGACGCCAUGAUUGGACAGUUCAAGCUUGACGUGGGCGCCGUCUACAACGAGCACCGACACUGCUACUUGAGGAAAUGGCUGCUCCUCUGUGACCCUGAUGACCUGUCUGCUGGGGUGAGAGGUUACCUGAAGGUCAGCCUCUGGGUGCUGGCUGCUGGAGAUGAGCCGCCGGCGGACAAGCGUGACUGUUUGGAGGACAAGGAGGACAUCGAAGGGAACCUACUGCGACCAGCUGGUCUGUCCCUCAGAGGAGCAUCCUUCACCUUGAGGGUCUUCAGAGCUGAGGACCUUCCCCAGAUGGACGAUGCCUUCAUGGACGGCAUGAGGCAGAUUUUUGGCUUCGACAGCAAUAGGAAGAACCUGGUGGACCCCCUUGUGGAGAUCCACUUUGCUGGCAAAACAGUCUGCACCAAGGUUCUGGAGAAGAAUGCCAAUCCACAGUGGCACCAGAGUCUCACAAUGCCAAUCAGGUUUCCUUCCAUGUGUGAGAAGAUGAGGAUCAGAAUUCUUGACUGGGACCGAGCCAGUCACAACGAUGUCAUUGGCACCGCCCACCUUCGUAUGUCCAAGAUCUCAGCCCCGGGAGGAGAGUUGGAGGAUGACUUGACUCCACGCAACGUCCCCUCUGGCAUGGACGAUACGCUUGGCUUCCUGCCCACGUUUGGUCCGUGUUUUGUCAACUUGUACGGCAGUCCCCGAGAGUUCAGCACCUUCAACGACCCUUACGAAGCCUUGAACCUGGGAAAAGGGGAGGGCGUGGCUUACCGAGGUCGGCUUUUACUGGAACUGACCACGAAGCUGGUGGACAAGCCGGAGCCAAAAACGGAAGACAUCCCGUCGGAUGAUCUGCUGGUGGCUGAGAAGUUCCUCAGGAAGAGGAAGUUCUCUCUCUUUGUGGCGUUCUAUUCGGCGACGCUCCUCCAGGACGUUGACGACGCCGUCCAGUUUGAGGUCAGCAUCGGCAACUACGGCAACAAGUUUGACUACAGCUGCCUCCCUCUGGCCUCCACGACGCAGUUCAGCAGGGCUGUGUUUGAUGGUUGCCAUUACUACUACCUCCCCUGGGGAAAUGUGAAGCCAGUGGUGGUCCUGUCCUCGGCGUGGGAAGAUAUUGCUCCGAGGAUGGAGGCUCUCAACAUGCUGCUGGCCGUCCUCGACAGACUGGAGGCCAACCUGCAGCGGGUGCAGCUGGAAGUGAAGUCAGGGAGCGACAUGGAUGAGCUGGAGCUGCGCGUGAUGGAGAUGUUGGAUCAGGUGAUCACAGACUGCAGUCAGGAGCUGCCGUCUCUUCAACGAUGGCCGUGUGCGACCCCGCUGGACCGCUCAUUGAAACACAUUCGCACUCUGCACCUGCAGCAGAUCGUAACGGCAGCCCUGGCCCUCAAACACGGGCCGGCCACGGAGCUUUCAUCCGUCAUGGAGCAGGCGGAGGACUGGGCCAGCCGGCUGAGGAGUUUGGCUGAGGAGCCUCAGAACAGUCUCCCUGACAUCGUCAUAUGGAUGCUGCAGGGCGAGCGAAGGGUGGCAUACCAUCGCAUUCCGGCCCAUAGCGUCCUCUUCUCUGAGCAACACUGUGGCAAACACUGUGGACAGUUGCAGACCAUCUUCCUCAAACAUCCACAGGGGGGCAGCAGGGAGCCUAAGCUUCCCGGUCAGCUCAGGGUCAAAGUGUGGUUCGGACUGGCUGCAGAUGACAAACACUUCAACCAGUGUGCUGAAGGAAAAUUGUCCGUAUUCGCAGAAACGUAUGAAAACCAGACCCGACUCGCCCUAGUGGGCAACUGGGGCACUACAGGUCUCACCUGUCCUAAGUUCAGCGAUGUGACGGGAAGGGUGAAACUGCCCAAGGAGAGUUUCAAACCCUCACCCGGCUGGACUUGGGCCGGAGACUGGUACAUCAGCCCUGAGAGGACACUGCUGUUUGACGUGGACGCCGGUCACAUGACCUUCACAGAGGAAGUCUUUGAAAACCAGAUGAGGUUACCUGGUGGCCAGUGGAUUGGCAUGCCUGAGGGAUACACUGAUGUGAAUGGCGAGAAGGCGUUACCAAAAGACGAGGUGGAGUGUCCUCCGGGCUGGGUGUGGGAGGAGCCUGAGUGGAGUGAAGAUCUUAACAGGGGCGUAGAUGAUCAAGGCUGGGAGUACGGCAUCACCAUACCACCGGAUCGCCGUCCCAAGUCGUGGGUCCCUGCUGAGAAGAUGUACCACACCAACCGUCGGAGGCGAUGGAUACGCUUGAGAAGGCGAGACCAAAAGAAGAUGGAAGCUCUCAGAAAGCAUCCAGACGAGGCGGAGCGGGAGGGCUGGGAGUACACCUCGCUGUUUGGCUGGAGGUUCCACCUGAAGCCAAGGAAGACGGACAGCUUCCGGCGGCGCAGGUGGAGGUGUCGCAUGGAGCCCCUGGAGAAGACGGGACCGGCAGCCAUCUUUGCUCUGGAGUGCUCCCUGAGCAGCAUAGAAGACAAACAUGAUGACAAGUCUGUCACCACCACCUUUGGAGUCAACAGACCCACCAUUUCCUGUUUCUUUGAGCGUGGAACCCGCUACCACCUGCGCUGCUACCUGUAUCAAGCUAGAGACCUGCUGGCCAUGGACAAGGACAGCUUCUCUGACCCCUACGCCAUUGUGUCUUUCCUCCAUCAGUCCCAGAAGACAGUGACGGUGCGUAACACCCUCAACCCUACCUGGGACCAGACACUCAUCUUCUACGAGGUGGAGAUUUUCGGGGAUCCCGAGGCCACGAUGGCCAGCCCCCCCCAUGUGGUUGUGGAACUUUAUGACCAGGACACAUAUGGGGCAGAUGAGUUCAUGGGUCGCUGCGUGUGCUCGCCCUCGCUGACGCGCUCGCCUCGCCUGGCCUGGUAUCCCAUCCGCCUCGGCGACAAGGACGCUGGCGAGCUGUUGGCAGCGUUUGAGCUCAUACAUAGGGAGAAGCCAGUAGUUCACCAUAUUCCAGGUCAGGAGGCUGACAUUGUGACUUCCAGCCAUGUUCUGGAUGAGGUAAAGCAUCACUGUUUGAAGCAGGGGACAUACUUGGACUAUGUAACAUGCUUGUCUCUUUGUGUCCUUCAGUUGAUGUUCCCGGGAUUUUUCAGUGAGAACCUUCAGCAAUGGCCGGAUGAGUCAGAUCUUCCGUGCCCCCCGCCACAGAGGGAGCCCAACGUCUUCAUGGUGCCUCAGGGGAUCAAACCUGUCCUGCAGAGAACCGCCAUUGAGGUGCUGGCGUGGGGCGUCCGCAACCUGAAGAGCUUCCAGCUAGCCAGCGUCACUUCGCCCAGCCUGCAGGUGGAGUGCGGCGGCACCACGGUCCAAAGCUGCGUCAUCCGCAGCGUGAAGAAGAAGGCCAACUUUGACAUCAACACGCUCUUCCUUGACGUGAGACUCCCCCUGAUGGAGCUCUACAUGCCCCCCAUCGUCAUCAAAAUCAUUGACAACCGUCAGUUUGGCAGGAAGCCCGUGGUGGGCCAGUGCACCAUCCGCUCCCUGGAGGAGUACCGUUGCUUCCCCCAGGAUGAGGGCGAGGAUCAGGAGGAGGCGGAUGGAGGUCACGGUCAGAUGCCCCGUGUGGUCAGUGGCGAUGCCUUCAUCGCCGUGGACGACGAGGAGCCGCUAAUCUCGCAUCAGCUCGCAGACGGAGCCACUUCCGCUAUCAUUAACCUCUCCGCCUCUAGCUGCAGCCUCCACGAAGAAGAUUUCAUGGACUGGUGGAGCAAGUUCUACGCGUCCACUGGAGACACAAGGAAGUGUGGGACGUACCUGGACCGAGGCUUGGACACUGUGCAGGUGUACGACAGGGAGUUGGAGAAGGUGGAGGCUUUUGAGGGUCUUUCCGAUUUCUGUCAAACCUUCAAGCUGCAACGAGGAAGGACGCUGGAGGAAGGAGAAGAUCCGUCAGUGGUGGGAGAGUUUAAGGGUAUGUUUAAAAUCUACGCCCUUCCGGAGGACCCCUCGGCCCCUGCUCCCCCUAGACAGUUCAGGAAGCUUCCUCCUAACUCUGUGGAAGACUGUUUGGUCCGCGUCUACAUUGUCCAGGCUCGAGGAUUGCAGCCCAAAGACGCCAAUGGAAAGUGUGACCCUUAUGUGAGGAUUUCACUGGGGAAGAAGAGCAUCAACGACCAUGAAAACUAUCUCCCCUGCACGCUGGAGCCUGUCUUUGGAAAGAUGUUCGAGCUGAGCUGUUCCCUCCCCCAGGACAAGGACCUACGGGUGAUGCUCUACGAUCACGAUUUGCUCACCAAGGACGAGAAGAUUGGCGAGACGGUCAUUGACCUGGAGAACCGCUUCCUGUCCAAAUACGGAGCGGGCUGCGGUCUGCCCAUGUCCUACUGCCUCUCGGGGGUCAACCGGUGGCGAGACCAGCUCACUCCCAAGCAGCUGUUGUCCAGAGUGUGCGAGCGACGGAACCUACGCAAGCCCGUGUACCGCAAAGACGUGGUCCACUUCAGAGGGGUGCAGUACAGCGUUGCCGACCUCGAGGAUAGAUACGUGUCCAAACGUCACCUGGGUCCAGUCGAGGAGCGUCUGUCGCUCCACAUACUGAGGGACAUGGCGCUGGUCCCAGAACACGUGGAGACCCGAGUGCUGUACAGCCCGCUGCAACCCGACAUUGAGCAGGGACGUCUCAUGAUGUGGGUGGACCUUUUCCCCAAGUCUCUGGGACCACCCGGACCCCCCUUCAACAUCACGCCACGCCAAGCCAAGAAGUUCUUGCUGCGUUGCAUCAUUUGGAACACCAGCGAUGUCAUCCUGGACGAUGUCAGCAUCAGCGGGGAGAAGAUGAGCGACAUCUAUGUCAAAGGGUGGCUGGACGGACACGAGCACAACAAGCAGAAGACAGAUGUCCACUACCGUUCGCUGGACGGAGAAGCAAACUUCAACUACAGAUUCGUCUUUCCUUUUCUCUACCUACCAGCAGAGCAGUUGUGUGUGGUUGACAGGAAGGAACAUUUCUGGAGUUUGGACAAAGCCGAAACUAAACUGGCCCCCAAACUGACCAUCCAGGUGUGGGACAACGACAAGUUUUCCUUUGACGACUAUCUUGGUCACCUGGUGAUGGACCUCAACUACAUGUUACGUCCGGCCAAGUCGGCGGAGAAGUGCGAUCUGCGUCUCCUGGAGCAGCCAGCCGGGCAGCUGGUGUCUCUGUUUGAGCAGAAGACCGUCAAAGGCUGGUGGCCCUGCCGACGCGAACACGACGGAGGCCAACUACUCGCUGGCAAGGUGGAGAUGUCUCUGGAAAUUGUGACAGACCAAGAACACGAGGAGAGACCAGCCGGUUUUGGUCGAGACGAGCCCAACAUGAACCCACACCUAGAAGAACCUCUGCGUCCAGAGACCUCCUUCCUGUGGUUCUCGUCCCCCUACAAGACGCUCAGGUUCAUCUUGUGGAGACGCUUCAAGUGCUUCAUUGUUCUAUUCAUCGUUCUCUUCCUCGUCGUUCUCUUCCUUGGCGUCUUCCUCUACGCUUUCCCGAACUAUGCUGCCAUGAGGAUGGUGGGCCCAUUUGGACCAGCACGUGCCGCAGAGUGACCUUCUUCUGGGAGUGUAUUCAUCUCCUUUGCGUCUAAUUAACUCCUCACAAGCCUCCUUACCCUAACAUGGUGGGGUUCAUGGUAUCGUAUCUCUGGUCUUGGUCCCGUCAUGUGGGACGGGGGACAACUUGGAACUGCUGACUGCUCUUUAACAUGUUGAAGCUUUCAUUGAAAAAAAAAAAUCCCUGCUAAUUCUCCUUGAAUGUCAUGUGCCUCAUUUCCUCGUCCUCCUGCCAUCCUCCUCCUCGUCCUCGUCACCAACAAAGGUCCAUCGCUGGAAAAGUCUGACUCUCUUCGUCGGCCUCUCCAAAGUGGACCCGAGUGGAAAAGUUGACGUAGUGGUCCCGGCGGCGCUUGUAAACAAAAGUCACAUUGAGCGCUGGAAAGAUUUUAGCGAACGUCUCGUCCUGCCAGGUCCAACCAGUUUGUAACCGCGGAGACCGACGUCUCACCAAGGCGUCUGACCCGCCGCUCGGUUCUGGCCUCGCGCGUCUCCUUGUUGUCUCUUUCAUUUAUCUCAAUGUCUCCAUGGCGACACGCAGGAAUAAAGCUAGACCAGGUCUGAAGAGGAACCUGACCUUUUUGUGAACUUGUCGUGAUUUGUGUGUCCCAGCGCUCCGACUGAGCCUUCCCGCCUCGUGUUUCUUCUUCAUGCCUGCCGCUACCGCAUCCGGCCUCGUCUUCUCCCGCUCUCCUCAUCCUUGUCUCCUCUUCCUUGGGGCGUUGUUAUGGUCAUCGUGAACUGCAGGUGAACCGCUGACCGCAGUGUGUGUGUGUGUGUGUGUGUGUGUGUGUGUACUGCACAGUGUGGGUGGGCUGUGGUGGAGGUCUGUCUUCACUCCCAUUCCUAUUUUCUUUCACCUCCUCCUCCUCCUGUGUCCUUUCUCCUUGUAACUCCUUGUAAAUGGCGCCCUUUCUUCACUUCCUGUCCACCUUUUUAGAAAAGUCGAAGGUGAAACUUCUCAUCCUUUGUCCCCGUCCGCUCGACUCGCCCACAGUCCUUGCAUUGGUACACACACAUAUACAUGCAUACUGGAAGGGUCAAAGUUCACCAAAUGUGAUGGAAAACGGCAUUUGGUUUCGUUCUUGCCUCGAGCAAGCGAGGAGGCCGGCAACAUCAAACGUUUGCGGCCGCGCCCGAGACUGUGGCGGUGCCUCAAAUGCAAUACAGUCGUCUCCCGUUUAUUGCGGUUAAUUGGUUCCAGCCCCGACUGCGAUACGUGAAUUUCCACAACGUAGGAUUCAAUAUUAAUAAAGAGAAUAUUUUUGUACAGCAUGAAAAACCUGUUAUAUGACCCUCUAAAUACUAUUGUUGACAUUGGGAGAGCCUUGUAGACAUUCAAUAACACCAAUAUAGCAGACGUGAUAAGACAUAAUAAGACAGUUUAACAUGAAUCUACCGUGUAUAAACAUACGCUCUGACAGUACUGUUAGCUUUGUUUACACCACAUUGCUCACCAAUUAUGUAUCUUGAAGUAAUCUACCCAGAUGAAGUAAUCUACCCAGAUGAAGUAAUCUACCCAGCUAACCAGUGAGCCUCCAAUUUAUUUAUUAUAAACUUAAGACAACGUUUAAAAGAAGGAAGAAGGAUAAAGUGAAAGCCAAAAAUGUACCACUGCCACACGGAAUGGGAGGCAAAGUUUUUUCCACUAUGUCACGUCGGACUCGUCAUCCAUGGCUGUAUGUAUUAACAGUGGAAAUCCAUUCCUGCCAUUACACACUUACCAGAAAUGACCAUGGCAAUAUUUACCUGCUCAUUAUCCUUCUCCUCCUUUUCCUUCGCCUACUUCUCCUUCUCCUGCGGUGGUCAUUGUCCACACUGUGCACUCAUCAUUUUGAGUGCAACAUCCGGGUUCCGUCCGCACCGGGAACACAUUUAUGCAAGCAAAAGUCUUGAUUCCCAGCUGCUGCUGUUGGUGGGCGGAGCUGCAAUGUCGUUCCACUGUAGUAUCCUCACUGCAGAAUGUUCAAAUGUGACAUUUGAGUGCGCUGUUAUUUGUUUGCUGUUUGCUGUCCAGACCGCCACAAUAAA